AUGGCUUUAAGAAGAAUUGUUGGUGCUUAUCGCACGACUCCUAUUGCGGUAUUACAAAAGGGAGCUGUUAUUAUGCCAUAUAGUAUUAGGCUAAAAUUUAUGGUGGCACGAAAAGCUAUUCGUUUACACCUAAAUAUUAGCAAAACUAAUCCUAUUAAUGGUCAUUUGUUAACAUUGAUUGAGAAAUCUCCAAUUGCAAAGCUAACCACGCUUUACAUGUUGGCGAAAGAUGAUAGAGACUAUAUGAUUAAAAAGGAUGAAAAACGAAAAUGCAAGAGGGUUGAACCUCUUACACUGAAACAACAACAAAAUCAGACGAUUGGAAUUUUGAAGAAAAAAGCAAUGGAAGAGUGGCAAGAAAUGUAUUGGAACAGCAGUAAGGAUCUGUGGUAUCAUAAUAUCACAGUGGAGUUGAAAUGUACUGAUAAUCUUUCCAAAAUGGUUACGGGAGUGAUCAUGAAGAAAGAUAGUCGAAGGAUCUUGAGUAAUAUUACUCAAUUUCGCACAGGCCAUGGCAACUUUGGCGCAUGGUUUAAAAAGUUUGGAAUUGAAAAGGAUAGUUACAACUGCAAAUGUGGAGAGCUGGAAACAGUUCAUCACAUUUUAGUUGAGUGUCCUUUGCUUGAAAAGGAAAGAAAAGGACUGAAACGGAUAUCUCCAGAGAUGGACAUGUCGACUCUCUUAAACAGUUUAACUGGCUUACAAGAGAUUGUAAGCUUUAUCUCUGCUUGGAGGGAUUAA